AGCAACGCAGGCAGAUAACGAUGUACACUGGAACAACAGAGGCAUCGGUGCGGAGGGGAUGAGCGUGUUAACAGAGCGGCUCUGCUGGGAGUGACAUUCCUGAUCUGAGGGGAGUGCUUUUCCUACUGUCCACCUGUCAUCAGUCGGAUUUGCGACAUGUCUGACUUUGAGGAUUUCAGCAGGCCAGGAGGGCAGACCAACGUGUCGGAGAGCUACCAGCUGAACCCCACCAGCGUCAUCGUGUCAGUGGUCUUCUCCCUCAUCUUCCUUCUCGGGACCAUCGGCAACAGCCUGGUGCUGGCCGUGCUGCUGCGGAGCGGCCAGAUCGGAUACAACACGACCAACCUGUUCAUCCUCAACCUGAGCGUGGCCGACUUCUUCUUCAUCAUUUUCUGCGUCCCUUUCCAGGCCACCAUCUACUCCCUGGAGGGGUGGGUGUUCGGCUCCUUCAUGUGCAAGGUGGUCCACUUCUUCAUCAACCUCACCAUGUACGCCAGCAGCUUCACGCUGGCCGCCGUGUCCGUUGACAGGUAUUUGGCCAUUCGCUACCCGCUGCGCUCCAGAGAGCUGAGAACCCCUUGUAAUGCAGUGGUCGCCAUGGUGAUCAUCUGGGGUCUUUCCCUGGUCUUCGCCGGUCCGUACCUCAGCUACUACGACCUGAUCGACUACGCCAACAGCACCGUGUGUAUCCCCGGCUGGGAGGAGCAGAACCGUAAGGUGCUGGACACGUGCACCUUCCUCUUCGGCUACGUCAUCCCCGUGCUGAUCGUGAGCCUGUCGUACACUCGGACCAUCAAGUACCUGUGGACGGCCGUCGACCCCCUGGACGGCAUGUCCGAAUCCAAGAGGGCCAAGCGCAAAGUCACCAAAAUGAUCAUCAUCGUCACCGUGCUCUUUUGCAUAUGCUGGCUGCCGUACCACGUGGUGAUCCUGUGCUACCUGUACGGGGACUUCCCCUUCAACCAGACCACGUACGCCUUCAGGCUCCUCUCCCACUGCAUGGCCUACGCCAACUCGUGCGUCAACCCCAUAGUGUACGCGCUGGUGUCCAAGCACUUUCGCAAGGGCUUCAAGAAGGUGUUCAGCUGCAUCCUCAGCAAAAACGGGCGGAACAAGGUCCACGUGGUUCACGUGGCCAACACGGUGCCCGGGUUCGAGGCCGCCUCCACGGAGGUGUCGCACAUGAACGAGGAGCACGGGCGGCAGAACGAAUGCGAGAUGGUUAACAGGCGGAGGGUGGAGCCGAGGGAAGCCACGGUGACGCUGAAUUUGCCUUUUCAGCAGCAGACUUGACGUGUGUUUCGGUUCGGCCAACGGGCUCGGUGGAGAUUGCCUUAUGUGACAGACUUUCUAAUGUGCUCUAAAUAUCAGGUCUAAUGACCUCUCGUCUAGCGUUUUUUUGUGCCAAAUAGGAAGGACAACAAAGGUAUGAAGGUGUAAAGUAAAGCCCCUCACCAAAAUGUAUGUUUCAUGAAAAUGUAAACACUUCUUUUGUUCUACUUUCCACAUUACACCACAUUAAACUGACAGAAAACCUUUUUUUUUAGCUUUUAAAAAAAACAAUCUCAGUAUUUCCACUAUUUGCCUUAACCAUGGCUUGCACUUUCAUUCAAGGCCAGGAGUUUGCAGGGUUGGAGAAAAACGUUACUGAUUGACUUGACUGACUUCUAAAGUGGGUUUGAUGGAAGUCUACGGUGACAGCGUACGGCUCAGGCACAUCUGUCAGACUGAACAAACGCCAUUCUUCUGCCUCUCCUCUGUCCAUGUGAGGCCCAUCCUGCGCGAGCCAUCAGUGGAUUAAUCAUCAGGACACCGCAGUAUUUCCGGGCACUGUGUUCAGCUCUAUCUUUGACUGUCAGGUACUCCAAGAUAUAUUAUUUUUUUUGCUACAUUUUACUGGCUCAGCUGCAGUCUCCAAUGACAAAUUAUUCCUUUGUGCGUCGUUCUGAACGUCGAGUGGGCCAGGUUAGUCAGCUAUUUGGUCUGUUUGUUUUGUAUCUUGCAUGCAGAUGCUGUUCUGUCUUGUCAAGAUAUUAUUUGUAUGUUCGAUGAAAAAAAAAAAAAAACGAGACCACUUUGAAAGAUUCAGUACUAUAUCAAUUUAUUAACAAUCUAAAAUUUUGGAGCCGAAACACAUUUUACGUGUAAGAGGAUCAAGCGUCGGCCCGGAUUUUCUUACUCUACUUGUAUUUUGCGAUGAUUGUAUUCCUGGCAUGUUUUUCCUCUGAUGUGAAAAUACGUUUAGCAAAGAGUGCACUUAUAUAUAUAUAUUUAAGAGUUAUGUAUUUUAAAACGUGUGACUUUUGUGUAUUGAAAAUUUGAAAAAGCUGUGAAAUGAUUUACACACAGUACUUUCUAUUGUUCGUUUCUCCGAAUGAAGGCUACCCCUGAGUAUCUCUCUGUUUCACUGUUGUGUCCUACCUCAGAGCUGUAGAAAGCCUCCGCGUUGUGUUCCUGUUCAGGUUGUGUAAGAUGCAAUUUUCCUCCUGCGAGACAACCUACUACACAGAACAUUUUCCUUUGCACAAUUUCCCUCCAGUGUGUUGCGAUCUUGCCCUCCCCGCCUAUGAUGUAUACUUAGUAUCUCUCUGUUUGUUAUGUUAAGGAUAUAAGAUGUAACCUCCUGUGCAUUUGCAGAAUAUAUUUAAUUAGAUAUCUAUCAAGAAUGUUUUAAAAGAAAAAAUGUAAUUCAAACACUUAUAUGACCAAAUAAACUAUUUUCUGCUGUGA